GUCAUCGGAGUCCCAGGGGCUUCGCCGGCAGCUGGGUCCUGCGGCUUUGGGAACUUCUGGAAGCAGAACCCCCGCCCCGACGCCCGCUCCCAUGGGCAGCUACUUGAGCACGCCCAGGCCUGCGCCGCCACCCCUCGCCCAAGCGCAACCGAAACCCUGGCGCAGGGCCUCCCAGACAGAGGACGCUGGGCGCCGCGUCCGCACCGGACCCCUCCCCCGGGUGCCGCUGAAUUGGGAUCCCUCCAGCCCGCGGAGGGUGGUCACCGAGGCCUGGAGGCGCUUUCCCGCCAAGGCUCCCCCGGAGACCGUCCUGGGGCCGGAUCUCUCCAGCGCCUGGGACAGUUACAUGAAGCGGUGGCUCUGGAGUGCCCGCCACCCGAAACGGAUCUGGAGCCCCGUGACCGUCAAGAUCACGCCCCCUGAGCGCAGGGGGAGCCCCUGGGCGUCUCGGGUGCAGGGGUGCGGCGCCUGCUCUGCGGGGCGCCCACCCUCCCAGGGGCGCCCAGACCCGUGCGCCAAGGAGACGGUGCUGAGGGCCCUCAGUCAGUGCCCGAAGGGGAACAGGCGGUUUGACGGGCCCUUGUGGUUUGAGAUCCCGGAGGGCGCCAGCAGGAGGCGCAACCCAGAGCCCGGGCCGUCCGCCUUUAAGCCCCUGAUCAGAAAUGGAGUGGUCCCUUCCUUCGUGCCCCGGCCAGGGCCUCUGAUCAGCCGCCUUCACGCUUGGAGCUGCAGUGUGCACCGGGAGGACACGGACCUCGGGCCUCGGGUCCGGCCUUCCCUGUGUGCCGGCCACCCCACCGCGCGGACUGCGCCAGUCCAGGACGCGGAGCCUCAGCCUCGGAGCUGGGGAAGGAGGCCGCACCCCUGGGGCCUCACGCCUUCCUCCAGGGCCUAAGAGCAGGGCCUGGGGUGUCUCCUUCGCCCCCGAGGGAGGUUGCCCAGCUCUCAGGCUCCCUUGAUUCCUAAGAGUCAAAGCCUCCUGAGACUCACGCUUGUAUAUUUACCCUCAGCUCGCUGACCCCUUGCUCUACCUCUGCAUGGGACCCCGACACAGUACUGCUGCACCCCCAGACCCGCCUGCCCUCACUCGGGAGAUCCCGCUCUGAAGACUGUUGAUAAGUCCCCUGCUUCCCCCUGCCUGCCUUUUCCCUUCAUUUUCUCGAAGGUACUUUCCUUCCCCACCUUCGCUCUUUGCCCAGCUUGUAUAAAUA